AGAGGUUAGAAGAGCCACUUGAUGGCGUAUCAGAGCACUGGAACCGUUAUCGUUAAACAUUUCGCGGGAAAAUUCGUGUUUACUAACAGCUAUGCUAUUUUGCUUAUAACAUUUUUAUAUUGUUUCAAAUACAGAACUCAAGGAAUCUGUUAUUUGCUGGAAUACAGACAAAAUUGUUUUAGAAUUGGCAAUUCCAAAAGAAUUAAUGAUGGACAGUUUUAAAAAUCAGAUAUCACAGUUUGAAGAAGGCUCCCAAAAUCAGAAAUUUUUUAUGAAAGUGAUUGAGAAACUGGGACCUAAUCUUAUUUGCAAAUCAUUGCAGAAAGAAAAAAUCUUAACUCAUAGUAUACUCAGUGAAUCUGUUCAGCAUUAUUUCAAGCUUCACAUACUCAUGAAUGCUGUUGAGAAAUCUGUAAGUUAUAUAGACUGGCCAUGUCAAAAAAAUGAAUCCGUAACUGCAAAGACUGCUGAUAUUUCCAGUGAUUCUUUAUAUCUGAAUGCUAUUAAAAGGUAUAUGCCUAAAAAAGAGGAGACAUCACGGUUGAAACCUCUUGGUUUAAGCCAAGAAUGUGCUUCUGCAAUCCUAGAAAACAGAAAAAAAUCUGAGGCAGAAAACUUGAAAUUUUCAGAACUUGUAGAGAGCAAUAUAGAUGAUUUCUGCAUGAAAGUUACAAAAUUUGUUGGACAAUCUGUAUCUUCAUGUGAUUGGAAAAAUAAUUUCAACAGCACAAUUGAAUAUCUUAAUUCAAUUGCUACAGAUUUGAAUACUGACAUCAUCAAAUCAUAUUCAACUCAGAAUAAGGAGAUGCUUUUUCUGUAUUACAAGGUGCUGUCAGAAGGUUUAUCUCUGUUAAAUGAAUUAUUUCAUUUAUACGAAGAGAAAAUUAAUUUUAAGUCUGAUGUUUCACAUUCCCUGUUAGUACAAUGUCAGGCUCUUCUGCUUAAAAUUAGAACAUUUGAAUUAGAAAUUUUGACUGCUACAUACAAUCAUGAAACUAUGCCAGCUCUGAGAAAGAUCAGAGGGGAUUUAUAUCUAAAAGAGAAAAAGUUAGAAGAAGAACGGGUGGACAAAACAUCUAUUUUGGAAGCAUAUGAAGCUCUUGGUGAAACAUAUGAAGCUCUUGUCAAAAAAUAUACUGAAUUAUCAGUCGAUAUAAAGAAUCAGAAAUGGGCCAUUGAGACUCUCAGACAAGGACAAGCUACUGCUGAAUCUCAGGAAAGUCUAAUAAUUAACCCCACAUCUCCCUAAAGAUAUAUUAUUUUGACAGAUAGUACAAAACAGUUUUUGAUAAAACUUUCGGUUUAAUUUAUGUCUUGCAUAUUAAGAGCAACAUAGAUAGCAUGCACAAAAUACAAUGAAAAGUGGAAUAUCUAUUGAGUUUUCCCCCACUUAAAAAUUCUUCAUUUUAUCCUAAUGUAAAUUCAUUAUUAUUUCAGGAACAUUUGUUAUUCAGUGUUUAAUAAUAGCUGCUUUGAGUAAUUUUUAACAUACUUCGUUCACUUUAGAAAAUGUGCAAAUUUUUAUAUUUAAUGAAGGUAACUGAUCCCCCCCUUUAAUUUUGUUACAAUAUAUUGCAUUCUUUUAUUACUAUAGUAAUUUUUAUGUGUUUUUUUUAAAUAAAUAAACGUAUAGGAUUAAAAAGGUAUUGUUUACUAGCAAUGUAUGUUUUGGGAAGAUAUUUCUUUUUAUUUUGUUCUGAAAAAUGAAAGUAAACUGUAACCUUAUAUUAAAUAAGUUGGUGAAUCUUCGGAUUAUGGUAACUUGGCGAUUUUUUGGCGAAACUUUGGUGACCAACCCUGCUACAGCAACCUGCUAGUUUUUUUUUUUUUGGACGCCAUUUUGUUUUCACGAAGUAAAGGCAUGUUUUUCUUUUACUCACAUUUUUUCAACACCUGCUAGCCGAAUUACACUUAUGCUAGAACUUUUUGGAACAAAAGUGCUUAUCCUGACGAAGAUUCGGUGCGAAAUUG